GGAGGAGUAGUCGCGGAAUAUGCUCACUAUUUCGAUCCUAACGCUACAAGCAGUCAAGCUCGACUCGACUACAUCACCAUCGCUGAUAUAUUUACAAAACCAGCUGACUCCGUCGUAUCUACUCAACAGUCAGUGCCAUGCGAAUACAAUUUACUUUCUAACGAUGCUCACAAAUUAGUGAACGGUUCGUCGUUGUCUGUGAUAUCCUCUCGCCGUGACCAUCAAGGUCACGUGUUGUCUGUGGACUUUUCGUCCGAUAACAGAUGGGCAAUAUCAGCUGGUAGCGCACAGUUAUUGCUGUGGGAUUUGACGAAUCUUGCGACACCAUUUUCACCUGGUACUCCCAAUUUUGCUGAGCCAGUCACGAUUACAAAAGGCAGUCCGGUGAUUCAGGUGAAACGAGUACGAUGGAAUAGAUCCAUGAGUAAUAUUUUGGCGUCAUUGACCUCUCAUCGUGGAAGUCUGUGGGACAUGCGACGCCCUGGUGGUCCGAUUCUCGAGUUUGCAGAGAUUGGAACUGGCGGUGAUUGGGCAGAUAUUUGCUGGAAACCAGAAGAUUCUUCUACACUAAUCAUGUGCAGCCAGGUGGCACUGACGCCGGGUGUACAGAAAUGGGAUCUCCGUUAUCCGACAGCGCCAGUGAAUGAGUUCCACGUGCAUGAUCGAGGAGUGACAGCGAUCGAUUGGCAUCGAAGAGAUCCACGCAUGGUUGUGUCAGCAGGGAAUGAUGGCUUUGCAAGGGUUUUCAAUCCGGACACAGGAGAAAUAAUUGGGGCCGUACAGCUGCAACAG